AUGGAAAAGGAGUUCUCACCGAUAACAUUAAGCGGAAUAGAAUACGAAUCCACGCCGAUAAAAAGAAAUGAAGAUGAUCACAUCGUGGUUGAUGAGUUUUUGACUGCCAGGGACGAAAACACCACCAUCUCAAUUGAUGGCGAUGAGUUGGGCAGGAAGCAAAACGACGACGUGACAGAUUACAAGUAUGCACCUGCUAUGAACGCGUCUACUGGGCUUGCAGAUCCAUUGGAGAUGGCCGACACAAGUAUUUCUGCAAUACGGAACCGAAACACAGACACAGAUGAACAUUUCAAAAACACAAUCUCGUACAAGAAAAGCAGUCCCAACCAGUUUUCAACUGCAUCACUCGACCCAUACACACCUUACGUUUUGGGUUUGUAUUUUCAACUAGUUGUCAAUAUCAUUUUGUGGUCGUUUGUGAUCUACUUUAUAUAUGUGGCGAUAACUACUGUGCAGUCCGACAUCAAUCUCAAGAUAGACGAGUUUACAAUUAGGAUACUAGACGAGAUUGCAAAGUGCUCAAAAGAAUUCACCAGAAACAAGUGUCACUUAUCUGAUCGGCCCUCAAUCAUGGAUGAAGAGUGCGAUCAAUUGGAAAGAUGCCAAAACCAAGAUCCAACAAAAAUUGCCAGGCUGAAAGUGACGAUCGAACUAAUUGCUGAAAUUAUCAAUUCAUUUGUAAAUCGGUUGAGCUACAAGAGUUUGUUCAUCAUGAUGUUUGUUUUGAUUAUUUUCAUUAUCCAUACCGCCUUCACUUUUGAAAAGUUCUCACAAUUCAAACAGAAGAGAAGAGACUGA